GCAGUUUGUUUUUAAUGACUUGUGGAUGUCUGUUGUUCGCGAAAGGCCUGAUGUGCACGAGCUAAGACGGGGAAGGAGGGAGAGAGCAGGGGAAGGAGUGAUUAGCAAUUUUCACAUUUCGUAGGAUAAAAGUCUUUGUGUAGGAUGCGAUCUCACAACCGCUUGUUACCAAUAUAGAAACCCAUCUCUGUGGAAGUAACCACCCUACUUCUCCCCAUCCCAAAAAAAAAAAAAAAAAAAAUUAGGGCAGUUUUUCUUGUUUUUGGUCUACUUUCCGCCUAAUAACAUUAUGUCGUUGUGGCAACCAGCAACCGUUCAUUAUCUUUCUCAAAUAAAGGAAGACAGCGCUUAUGACGGAGCUCAGGUGCUGCUGCAGACGACAGGCGGACACGCAGGUUUUCGAGAGGAGGGGAAGGCAGAGGGAGAGGGAAAUGGCUGACAAGAGGACGUGGAUGAACACGAGUUUUAGUUCCCAGUUAACCGAACAAAGUGGUCCUUCUGCGAAACAUCGUUACGAGGGUCCUCGGGGUUGUGGGGACGGGGAGAAGGAGAGCAUAGGAGUAGCCUACACACCACCACCCUUACUGUAGGAGCCAGUCUCCAACGCUCAGUGCACCCUAACAGACUCAAGUAGUAAAGCCGUCACAACUCGCCACGAAGGUGCUUCCCACCGUCCAGACAAUUAACUGCCAGCCAUUAUUCUUUCCUACCACCACCACCUCUCCCUUCCAUCCCUCCCUCAAUGCUGCGGUGUCUGCCUGCAGGCUGCCAACUGCGUUACUCACAGGUGAGGCGUGCGACACUAAGUGUAGGACGGAGGGUGAGGGCUGCCUGCAGUCGCACAGCGCCGGGGGAAGAGGUUCGUCAGGCGGUGAGGAGAGCACGACUGAUGGGGCUCUCUCUCUUUCGUUGGAGGGAGGGGUGGGGAAACAGGCCGAGGGAUUGUCCCACCUCCACACGAGAUCAGCGGUUUAGUUUCGUAGAGACUGACUGCCUAGGUGUGCGGGAUCAGGCGCAGGUAGGUGAUUCUCAACCAAGUCGCAUCUCACGACAGCGCUGGUGAACAGAAAAGACUGGAGAAGAGAAGUUGAAGGGGGUGCGACUAAUGAUAGAUGAAUUGCUGGUCGUCAACCAGGUAUUGUUGCUGUACCCCGCCCUCGUCUAGGGGAAGACAGCUGUCACAGGCUGUACAUACGUCACCCAGCGUGUCGCCACGUGACAGGUGGCAGGUGAGAUCCGUGCGUUGUGUGUAGGUAAGACUAUCCUCAGCAGACAGAAGGAAACCAACACAAGACGCUGCCCAGCGUCACACGACAAUGGUUUCCCAGUGACUAAGACUUCAAAAACUCCGUCGGAACUAUGUUCCUGCCUCAUUGCUCAUAUCCCAGGGCUUGAACCAGUCAUGCGUGAGUUUCCGGUGCGUGCCAGGACGACAGAGAUACAGAGACACAUCGCACUGAACGUCUGGCUGCGAGAUAGACGGACAUCACAAGCUCACGGCACGUCUGACCAAGGUAGAGCUCACCACCAGUAACAGCCCUACAUCCUAUUGAUCGAUGAACGCCACAGAUUUGAAACACACGUCCAGGACACAUGGCACAGCUGGCCUAGGAGUAGCUCCUGAGAUAUACCGCACACCCUGUGAUGUCAUCGUUCAUUGACUUUCUGCCCUCAAGAAUGACUGACUACACCACACCACCAUCAGCAGCUGCCACAACAGGAGAGUCCAACACCGUCUUCGGUUACAUGCGCAAGAUUCGUUUUCGUCGCCAACGCUGCUGGCGUCGUCGUCGUCGUUGCCAGGUCUGGAUCCCAUUCUCAAAGACUUCUGGUCCGGCUUCCCCUGUCCCACCGCCCUGGAACACAGGGCUUCUGUUGAAGGUGAACUGGACCUCGUGCGUGGGGCAGGCGGUGGGCCAGCGCCUCAUGAUGUUCAUGGCGGACCGAUGCAACAUCCACCUGGACAGCACCACCUUCGGACCCCCCGGUGUCGGCCGCGACCCGACGAAAGGGAGGGACGGACUCGGAGAGGAGGCGACGGAAGGAGGAGUGCGGAAGACGUGCGACACGGCCUGUCACGUGCUCCUCGUGCUGCUCAGCGUCCUCGUCGUGGUAGGAGUCGUCGCUGUCACCUGCUUCAUCCUUGCACAGGUGAACAUUUUUGUCAUGCAGCGGUCCAAGAGGAAAGAUCAAAGGGCCAACGGACAGCCGCACGCGGGUGGUGGGGUCGGCGCUGGUGAGGGUCGGACGUACUACGCUGGCAUUCACUACGCCUCGGCCUCUGUCGUCAGCAGGGAAAAUGAGCGGCCCUUACCACCAUGUCCGGAGGGUGCGGCUGGUAGUUGGGGCAUGCCACCCGCGGUCCUGCCACGUCAGCUGCAAGCAUACGUCUACAACCCCAGUGACAGCGACAGCGCCCCCAGCGAGCGGCGCUUCCAUCUGCACCUGUGUCCCAUGAACAGUCGGGUGGCCUACCGUGUCAUGCACCCGAGCUGUUCACCCGGUCAAGCCGAUAGCGACACGUCGCACGUGUAUGACUACAUCUCCGACACGGAGUCCGUGCGGUGGCGAGGCUUCAACACGAGGGGCAGAGGGGUGUCCGCGGAGUAUUGCACGUGCGACGACGGAAUUGUUGCGGUCGCUUGUGUUGGUGGAAUUGGCGGCGGACUGACCCCGGGUUUGUCGGAAGGUUACCAUAGUGACCAUGACCACAUCACACCGCAGCAACGGGCACUCAAAGGGGAAGUCCGAAAAGCAGAUGACCGGAUGGGCGCAAGUGAGAGGAAGAAGGAUGAUGAGGAGGAUACGACGACGGACGCCAGCAGCAACGAGGUGGACCGUCGCCAUGCCCUCCUCCCGCGGUCCCUGCACGCGUGCGGCACAAGUUCGAAUCCUAAACGCGGUCCCCGUAGUUCGUUCAACGGGGGUCUGGUGGACGGUUCUGAAUGUGACGACACUGAUGACGAUUUCCCACACGAAUCGGACCUGUCCAGGGGGCGCUCCAAUCGCGCCAACGCUCUAGCUCUACAUCCGGGCUAUUUUCUGGAUUAUUUUGACAAAGACACGUCUACUGUGUGAGCUCUGGGCUCUGAGUGAACGCCGUGUGGGUUCCUCUGAGCAAAGAGCUGUCGUACAAAGUGAAUGUGAAGCUAAACACUUGGUGAAAGUGGAAACUGCGAGCAACGAAAUGAGAACUUCAACGCUUUUUUUUCCUUUUUUUUUUUUUUUUGAAAGUUAAUGGGCGUUCCGUUGGUUUGCUGAAGCCAGCAGCGAUCCCAUGUUCAGUGCCUAGAGGACCUUAACGAUGACACGAGAUCGUGGGAAAUAAACGACACUGUCAGCAUUCCCACAUCUCAUAUUCCAACAUGUCUCACAUUCCCACAUCUGUCAUAUCUUCGUUAUUGUAUCAGCAUUCCUACAUAUCUUAUAUCUUCAUCUGUUUGAGGUCUUGAGCAUGAAUGUUUAUUUUGGUUGGAACAGGUGAUAACUCCACAAAAUCGAGCACACUGCCAAACUACGCGCGUAAUUAUAUGCUUAUGCAACUUCUUGUUUCCAGCUUUUGUUACAUUUAGUUCUAUGUGAUUUCCUUGCAGAAUUUUUUAUAAGAGUAUUAAAUCGCCGUCUUGUCUCAAAUCUUGCCACUACAUCUAAUCUUUUUGCAAAGAGCAUGACUUUUUUUUUUUUUGAAACAGGGGCAUUGUUUACCUGUGUUGUUAUGUAUCAAACAAUGUCGCUUUCGAAAGACUUCUCGAAGACAGCAAAUAAAUAAUGGAGAAAUUAACUGCUUCCAUGCACUGGUAUAUGACAGAUGUAUGCAAGUGAAAUGAACUUUUAGGAUAACUUCAAGAACCUGAUGACACGAAGCAUUGAAAAGUUGCUGGGAAAAAGGCAGUAGUGUGUUACUAAGCUGACGGAUAGUGUUGUAUUAACAGGUAUAAAAUGUUGCUAACGGGGCGCAUUAAUAACGAAGAUAGUCGGGAACAUGAAACAAAGCCGGACUGCUAACAUGAUGACUGUUACAAACGGCUGCCACACUGCUAAUUAACAAAUGCAAUAGCUGAUGGGAUAGGGUUGCCCUAAGGGAAUUGAAUCUUAAUGGUGGUCACGCUCAUACAUCGACAAAGCAGUAGCUAUGAGACAGAUGGUGGCUAUCCAGCUAUAGUAAUAGGAAUACUGCCAGACAGCUAGUAAUAACAAUACUGCCACACAGCUAGUAACAACAAUACUGCCAGAGAUUUAACAAAAGUUCAAAGCCAACCUAGGGCCGGAGGUGAUGUCGUGCACGUUACCUACGCGCGUUCUCGCUUCAUUGGCUCCAUAGUCGCAUCGUGGACAACUCUGUAGUCUUUUUCAGUCAUGCAUGCAGACGGGUGCACAGCAACAUUUCUCUGUACUUCUGUCCUUUGCUUGAGUGGCUCUAACAGUCGGGCACAACUUUCUAAGUACAUGUCUCUCCAUCCAUGCUUCUAAGAGCGCGUCCUUCUAGCUUUGGUUCCAUUCUAAGUUUGCUUGAAAAUGGUCCUUUUUAAUGAUCGUUCUACUGGUGUCCAAAAUAUAUUUUGAAAAGCUGUAUUAAAUGCUUUUAACCUGCUGCCUUAAAACAUAACUGAGCAGCUGAUGACCCUGGCAGUUCAUCCGUUAGUGACGUCCCAACAACUGACGUUUGAUCUCUUCCCUAAACACAAUUAAGAAUUAGGCUGUUCAAAUAAUUGAGUUACUUGCUAAUAUUCUAAAAUACUUUCAUCUUAUAAUGAACUCAUACACCUAAAAAUGAUGUUAAAACUCGUUCUGUACUGCUCCACAGAAGGGCUUUGAACUUUUGCAAUUCAUGGGCUGGCGGGACGGAGGUAAUGUUAACACUUCUUCGACAGAAAAUAACCAAGACCAUAAACUGUUUUGUUGUUGUCUACACACUGAGCUAGUAUGGAGGCAGCCAGGCAAGAGAGGCAGUUAAAUCCAAGACGAUAAAACAGUUUUCAGACCUCUCCCAGCAGUGAUUGUACCGGCUACACAGUGACCGCCACACCCAAUAAAUCCUCUGCUUUGUUGCCCAGAGAGAGAGAGACUGUUUCAUAGCUCACUCUACUGCCACCAAUCCUCCCGUUCUCAAGAUGGCUGCGCAGUUCUUCGUCGACUAACGGAGGUGCAAGUUUCUCUUGCUGGGCCCUCCUGGCUUAUUUACGGCCCUCGGCUUCCAGUUGUAUCUGAAGUCGUCUACUUUGCAGCCAGGUGCUACUUGGUACAGGUGUGUACCUUCACACGCUACACAGUCACUAGUAAUAGGUCUCUAAGCCCACUUGUAAUUGUUGUAAGUGCAGUUGCGAAUCAAACAGAGUUUGCUUGUUGCUGUCCCUACUUCAGAAUACAGUGAAGGUUGGUUGUCUUGGGUUCAACACCAGUCCCGACCCCUCCCCAUGUCAGGAGAUGUCUUUUAUCAUGGAUUAUGGAAGUUGAUGACCCGUAACCGUGCCCUUCUUGUCCUGUAGAUAAAGUAACGGUUUCCAGUGGUGAGUCAAGCGGUCAUAGUAGCAACGGCUUUCAAUAGGACACAGCAGAUAAAGAGAUCAGAGCAUUCCAACUCUUUUCAACUCAGCAGGGAGAACUGACCGCCAGGCCUUGAGUGGAGUUUGAAAUGCCCCUAACUGUGAUCACUUGACAGUUAGGGGAGACCAGAGAACAGCGGGUAGCGAGACUUGGAGUCUGGUAACAAUUCAUCGGGUGGACGAAACGGCUCCAGACUACCGUUAGUACAGUCAGUUCCACUGCUUUGUCACUGAGCCAUGUGGUGGCUGAGUGUCCGAAACUAACGAACAUGUGAGGGAAGAGAAAGAGCUGAAAUUAUUUUAAAUUUUGGUCAGUGAGCUUACUACCAAUAUUGAUUCACAUUUUAAAAUUUACUAUGAUAUAUGGCUAAUUAGACUCGCAAAAUCGAAGUCUUAUAAAGUUAUUUGAUAAUGCAUUCCGAAUCAGCGCUUUGUCCAGUUCGAGGUUUCAUCGGUAAGUACCGACGGGAUAAAGCCUAACAGUAAGUACACGAGUAAGCAAAGAACCGAGUCUGUAAACAAUAUAGCUGAAUUGCUCGAUGGUGUUUGUAGUGGUUCGCACACACAGGUUGAUGAGGUACAGUGGUAGCCUGCAUUCCUUCGUUACAAACUUUGAGAUGUUUGUGUGAUGUGUGGCUGGUAAAGGGGUUUUCUCACCCCACCCUGUUGAGAUGCUCAAGUCAAGGGAUGGGAGAAAGAGUGAGUCAUGGUGUAAAGCCAGCGUAGGACACGGAGAUGCGCCCCCUUAUUUU